AUGGCUUUAUUUAGGGUGGCUGUCUUCCUUUGGAUCAUUUAUUCAACUCUUAUGUCUUUGGUUUCUUCCCAUUCUAUUGCACCUGCUCCAGCUCCUACAAGCGAUGGAACUACAAUUGAUCAAACGGUUGCAUGUUUACUAAUGCUUCUGGCUUUGGUGCUCACCUAUAUCAUUCAUUAA